GCCUCCCAGUCCCCCAGGGAGCCACGACAGCGACGGCGCAGCGGGGACUGAGAACUGAGCACUGUCGGCGGCAGUGGCAGUGCGCCGCGGCAGGACAAGGGCCAUGCUCCUGGUCUGCCCGCGCCUCUGCUUCCUGGUGGUCCUGAGCACCAGCUGGGCGGGCUGGGGCAGCCACCGGGCCCAGGCAGCGCGCCUAAGGCAGUUUUACGUGGCUGCUCAGGGCAUCCUCUGGAGCUACCAUCCUGAGCCCAAAGACCCAAGUUUGAAUUCUAUACCUUCCUUCAAGAAAAUUGUCUACAGAGAGUAUGAGCCAUAUUUUAAGAAAGAAAAGCCAAGGUCUAGCAUCUCAGGACUUCUUGGACCUACUUUAUAUGCUGAAGUUGGAGACAUCAUGAAAGUUCACUUCAAAAACAAAGCAGACAAGCCCAUAAGCAUCCAUCCUCAAGGAAUUAAAUACAGUAAAUUUUCAGAAGGGGCUUCGUAUCCUGACCACACAUUCCCAGCAGAGAGGAUGGAUGAUGUUGUGGCUCCUGGAGGAGAGUACACCUACGAGUGGGUCAUCACUGAGGACAGUGGGCCCACACCCGAUGACCCUCCGUGCCUCACCCACAUCUACUACUCCUAUGAAAACCUGACCCAGGAUUUCAACUCGGGGUUGAUUGGACCUCUGCUUAUCUGUAAGAAAGGCACACUAACUGAGGAUGGGACUCAGAAAAUGUUUGACAAGCAACAUGUGCUACUGUUUGCUGUGUUCGAUGAAAGCAAGAGCUGGAGCCAGUCACCAUCCCUUAUGUACACAGUCAAUGGUUUUGUGAAUAGGACGAUGCCAGACAUAACAGUCUGUGCCCAUGACCAUGUCAGCUGGCAUCUGAUUGGAAUGAGCUCGGGGCCAGAGUUGUUCUCUAUUCACUUCAAUGGCCAAGUCCUGGAACAGAACCAGCACAAGGUGUCCACCAUCACGCUGGUCAGUGCUACAUCUACGACUGCCAACAUGACUGUGAGCCCAGAAGGAAAGUGGAUUGUGUCUUCUCUCCUCCCAAAGCAUUAUCAAGCUGGGAUGCAGGCUUACAUUGACAUUAAAAAUUGCCUGAAGAAAACCAGGAACACCAAGACCCUCACUCGAGAGCAGAGGCGGCACAUGAAGAGAUGGGAGUACUUCAUUGCAGCAGAGGAAGUCAUCUGGAACUAUGCACCUGUGAUCCCUGCAAAUAUGGACAAGAAAUAUAGGUCUUUGCACUUGGAUAAUUUCUCCAAUCAAAUUGGAAAACAGUAUAAGAAAGUUAUUUAUAGGCAGUAUGAAGAAGAGACCUUCACCAAACGCACGGAGAGUCUCAGCAUCAAACAAAGUGGGAUUUUGGGCCCUAUUAUCAGAGCCCAGGUCAGGGACACACUCAAGAUUGUGUUCAAAAAUAUGGCCAGCCGACCCUAUAGCAUUUACCCUCAUGGAGUGACAUUCUCUCCUUAUGAAGAUGGAGUCAACUCUUCCUCCACCUCAGGCAGUCACACCAUGAUCAGACCAGUUCAGCCAGGGGAAACUUACACUUACAAAUGGAACAUUCUAGAGUUUGACGAACCCACAGAAAAUGACGCCCAGUGCCUGACAAGGCCUUACUACAGUGAUGUGAAUGUUACCAAGGACCUCGCCUCUGGACUAAUAGGUCUGCUUCUAAUCUGCAAGAGCAGGUCCCUGGACCAGAGAGGCAUACAGAGGGCGGCAGACAUUGAGCAGCAGGCUGUCUUUGCUGUGUUUGAUGAGAACAAGAGCUGGUACAUUGAGGACAACAUCAACAAGUUUUGUGAAAAUCCUGAUGAGGUGAAACGUGAUGACCCCAAGUUUUAUGAAUCAAAUAUCAUGAGCACUAUCAAUGGCUACGUGCCCGAGAGCAUAUCCACUCUGGGAUUCUGUUUUGAUGACACUGUCCAGUGGCACUUCUGCAGUGUGGGAACUUAUGACGAUAUUUUGACCAUCCACUUCACUGGACACUCAUUCAUCUAUGGAAAGAGGCAUGAGGACACAUUGACCCUGUUCCCCAUGCGUGGUGAAUCUGUGACUGUCACGAUGGAUAAUGUUGGAACGUGGAUGUUAACUACCAUGAAUUCCAAUCCAAGACACAGAAACCUAAGGCUGAGAUUCAGGGAUGUUAAAUGUAUCCGGAAUGACGACGACGAAGACUCAUAUGAGAUUUAUGAACCUUUGGCACCUACAUCCAUGACAACUCGGAAAAUUCAUGAAUCUACAGAAAAUGAGGUUGGCAUAAACAGUGAAGAUUAUGAUUACCAGUAUAUACUGGCUUCAUCACUAGGAAUUAGGUCGUUCAGAAACUCAUCAUUGACUCAGGAGGAAGAUGAGUUCAAUCUUACUGCUCUUGCUUUAGAGAACAGCUCUGAGUUCAUCUCUCCAAGAUCAGACAGAGUUAAUGACUCAAAAUCUUCUCCAAGAAACUUUAGUGGGAUCCCUGCUAAUAACCUUGAAGAAUCUCAAAGAACCGUUCCUGGCUCAGGAGCUGCCAUGACUGGUACCCUCCUGAAGGACCUCACCAGCUUAGAUGAGAACUCAGUUCUCAACCCUUCCACAGAACAUCAUUCCAGCUCAUAUUAUGAAAAUGAUAUGAAUGAUUCACAAUCAGACAUCACGGUGGUUCACCUACUUCCCCUUGGUGCAAAAGGAUUGGUGAGCCAAGAACAGGCUAAGCAUAAAACAGCCAAGAGGGAAAGACUCCAUCUGAUGAAGCAUAGAUUCCCUCAGAUGAAAUCACCAGCCCGUAAAACUGCAAGGCAUGCAAAUCCAAAGAGUACUUACCCCAGAUCCAGGUCCAGGGAGGAAAUUCCUAUUGGUUUGUUCCUCUUAAAACCAAAGAACUCAUCCAGUUUCUUGGAUAGAGAAUGGUAUUUGGCUUCUGAAAAGGGUAGUUAUGAAAUAAUACCAGCAAAUAGUGAAGACACAGCUGUGGAUAAGUCACCGAACAGCCCUCAAAAUCAGAACAUCACAGUGACUUUGGACAAUAUCACCUCCCCUACAAAAACAACAGGAAAGCCAGGUGACUUCCCAGUGUUUCCUGGAGUUAGACAUAAAUCUCCACAAGUCAGACAGGAGGAAGGAAACAGUGACUUAAAGAAAAGACAGUUGUUCAUCAGGACACGAAAGAAGAAGAAGGAUAAGAAGUUUGCAUUCCAUAGCCCUCUAUCUCCAAGGGGCUUUCAUCCCCUGAGAGGAGAUGCCAAGACCACAUUUUUAGACCAGAGACUUAAUCACUCAUUGUUACCCCACAAUCCCAAUGAAACAACUCUUGCCAUAGGCCUGAAUCCUUCAACGAAUAUUGACAGGUCACUUCCUGACCAUAAUCAGACCCCCCGACAUGACCCUGGGCAGAUGAAUACCCCUUUAGAUCUGUAUCAGUCAGUGCCUCCGGAGGGACACUCUCCAACAUUUCCUGUCCAAGAUCCUGAUCAAGCACACUCUACCACAGACCCUAGUCACAGAUCCCCUUUUCCAGAGCCCAGACAGGGGCUUGAUUAUGACCUAAGCCAUGAAUCCUACCCUGAAGACAUUGGUCAAACACCCUUCUUUCCAGACCAAAGUCAAAAGUCUCUCUCUUCAGAAAAUGGCCAGACAAUUCCAUCCCCAGACCUAAGUCUCUUUGGCAUCUCUCCAGAGUUGGAUCAAAUAAUUAUUUCUCCAGACUUGGGUCAGGUGGCCCUUUCUCCAGAUGACAACCAGAUGACCUCCUCCCCAGACUUGGGUCAGGUGGCCCUUUCUCCAGAUGACAACCAGAUGACCUCCUCCCCAGACUUGGGUCAGGUGGCCCUUUCUCCAGAUGACAACCAGAUGACUUCCCCUGAGGACCUGGGUCAGGUGGCCCUUUCUCCAAAUGACAACCAGGAGGCCUCCUCCCCAGACCUGGGCCAGGUGCCACUUUCUCCAGAUGACAACCAGGAGGCCUCCUCCCCAGACCUGGGCCAGGUGCCACUUUCUCCAGACAACAACCAGGAGGCCUCCUCCCCAGACUUGGACCAAAUGGCCCUUUCUCCAGACAACACCCAGAUGACCACCCCAGACCUUAGCCUCUUGACUCUUCCUCCAGAAUAUGAUCAGACAGUCCUUUCUCCAGAUUUGGAUCAGAUGACCCUCUCUCCAGACUUUGAUGAGAUAAUCCUAUCGAAGGACCUCAGUCAGGUGACCCUCUCUCCAGACCUCAUCCAGACAAGCCCCCCUCUUAACCACAGACCAAAAACAGAUUCUGGUCAUUUUUCACCCCUUCCAGAACCAAACCAGACUCUUACCCAUCCAGAUCUCAUUCACAUACCUUCUCCUUUACCAUCACCCACACUCAAUACCACUUCUAUGUCAAAGGAGUUCAACCCUCUUGUUGUAGUAGGUCUCAGUAGAGUCGAUGGAGAUGACAUUGAAAUUAUUCCAUAUGAAGAGCUAGAAAGCAUUGACGAUGAUUACGCUGAAGAUGACUAUGUGUCCUAUAAUGACCCCUACAAGACAGACACCAGGACAGAUAUCAACUCCUCCAGAAAUCCUGAUACUAUUGCAGCGUGGUACCUCCGCGGCCAUCGUGGAAACAAACAAUACUAUUUUAUUGCUGCUGAAGAAAUAUCCUGGGAUUAUGCAAAAUUUGCCCAAAGUGAGAUGGACCAUGAAGACACUGAUGGCAUUCCAAAGGACACCACAUACAAGAAAGUUGUUUUCAGAAAAUACCUUGACAGUACUUUCACGAGACGUGAUCCUCAGGGGGAAUAUGAGGAGCAUCUUGGUAUUCUCGGUCCUGUUAUCCGAGCUGAAGUGGGCGAUGUGAUCCAAGUUCGCUUUAAAAAUUUAGCAUCCAGACCAUAUUCUCUUCAUGCCCAUGGACUUUCCUAUGAAAAGUCUUCCGAGGGAAAGACUUAUGAUGAUGACUCUCCUGAAUGGUUUCAGGAAGACAAUGCUGUCCAGCCCAAUAGCAGUUAUACGUAUGUAUGGCAUGCCACCGAGCGCUCCGGCCCAGAGAACCCUGGCUCUGCAUGCCGGGCUUGGGCCUACUACUCUGCAGUCAAUGUGGAGAGAGACAUUCACUCGGGCUUGAUCGGUCCCCUUCUGAUCUGCCAGAAAGGAACACUUCACCCAGAGAGCAACCUGCCUAUGGACAUGAGGGAAUUUGUCUUACUCUUUAUGGUCUUCGAUGAAAAAAAGAGUUGGUACUAUGAAAAGUCCAAAAGGUCAUGGAGAAUUGAAUCUCCAGAAGUGAAGAAUUCUCAUGAGUUUUACGCCAUCAAUGGGAUGAUCUACCACCUGCCUGGCCUGAGAAUGUACGAGCAAGAGUGGGUGAGGCUCCACCUGCUGAACAUGGGCGGCUCCCAAGACAUUCAUGUGGUUCACUUCCAUGGCCAGACCCUGCUGGAUAAUAGCACCAAACAGCACCAGUUAGGGGUCUGGCCCCUUCUGCCUGGUUCAUUUAAAACUCUUGAAAUGAAGGCAUCAAAGCCUGGCUGGUGGCUCCUGGACACAGAGGUUGGAGAAAACCAGAUGGCGGGCAUGCAAACACCCUUUCUCAUCAUAGACAAAGAAUGUAAGAUGCCAAUGGGACUGAGCACUGGUAUCAUAUCUGAUUCACAGAUCAAGGCUUCAGGACAUCUGAGUUAUUGGGAGCCCAAAUUAGCACGAUUAAACAAUGGUGGCUCAUACAAUGCUUGGAGUAUAGAGAAAUCUACAUUAGACUUUGCCUUUCAAUCUUGGAUCCAGGUGGACAUGCAGAAGGAAGUUGUAGUCACAGGGAUACAAACCCAAGGUGCUAAACACUACCUAAAGUCUUGCUUUAUCACGGAAUUCCAUGUGGCUUACAGCUCUGACCAAACCAACUGGAAGAUCUUCAGAGGGAACAGUACAAAGAACAUGAUGGAUUUUGCUGGCAAUUCAGAUGCCUCUACAAUAAAGGAGAAUCGGUUGGAUCCACCUAUUGUGGCUAGAUACAUUAGGAUACACCCAACAAAGUCCUAUAAUAGACCCGCCCUUCGGUUAGAGCUGCAAGGCUGUGAAGUGAAUGGAUGUUCCACACCACUGGGCCUGGAAGAUGGAAGGAUAGAAAACAAGCAAAUCACUGCAUCUUCAUUUAAAAAGUCAUGGUGGGGAGACUUCUGGGAUCCCUUCCGUGCCCGCCUGAAUGCCCAGGGCCGUGUGAAUGCCUGGCAAGCCAAGGCAAAUAACAACAAACAGUGGUUACAAGUCGAUCUGCUCAAAGUCAAGAAGAUAACUGCCAUUGUCACACAGGGCUGUAAGUCUCUGUCCUCUGAAAUGUACGUGAAGAGCUACAGCAUCCAGUACAGUGACCAGGGCGUGGAUUGGAAGCCCUACAGACAGAAAUCCUCCAUGGUGGACAAGAUCUUUGAAGGAAAUAGUAAUACCAAAGGACAUGCGAAGAACUUUUUUAACCCACCCAUCAUUUCCAGAUUUAUCCGCAUCAUUCCUAAAACAUGGAACCAAAGUAUUGCGCUUCGCCUGGAACUCUUCGGCUGUGACAUUUACUAGAAUUGAAUACCAAAACUGGGAAAGAAAGAAUGAAAACUGAAAAAACUUCUGAAGGCCUAAACCAUUUAGAGCAGGCAAUAUAGUAUGGCUAUUUCAAAUGUUAAAAAAAUUUUCUGCUAGGUUUUUUUUUUUCUAAUAGAGAAUAAAUUUUAUAUAAGAAGCUUUUACAAUGUUAAUUCAUGGCUGCCAUUAAGUGAGGUGGCAGCUAUUAUUUCUUCAUUAAUUUGAAUAUAGAUGGGAAAAUAUUAAGUGCCAGCAAGAGUAUGACUGUAUUUUACUCUGAUUAAAGAUGUUAUAUAAUAUAAUAGUUAUAUAAUGGAGUAAUGUGGUUCGCUGUAAUAGCUCUUUCAAAUCCUGUAGACAUUAAUAAAAGAGAUAUUACUUUCAGAAACUACUCAUAGACCUAGAAAACUUUUAUUCCU